AUGAUGUGGCGUAUGCGCCGUCGCUCCAGGACAAUCUGUCUGUCCUUGGCCUUCAUCACCAUUUUCCUCCACCUCCUCCUGGCGCUUGUCUCUCUUUCCAUUUACCAAGAGCCCUGUGACCCCCCACCGUCAACCAGGACACACAUCCUGACAGACCUGGCAAAGACAAACUACACCUCCGUAGGGAUCAGUAGUUUAGCUGAGUCACCAGCUGAUACCACACAAAGAGAUUCUUCCAAUUUAGAUGCCAAGAAUGCCAAAGGUCAUGUCACCGGUAAAACCGAACCUUUGGAGUCUGGGCUGUUGAAACUGGUGGCGCUUUUCGACCAUCCGCUUUACAAUAUGCCCACCCCGCCCAUUGCUGAGGAGGAUUGGCUGCUGAGAGUCAAACCAAAGGUCAAGGCCAGUGAGAAGAGCUCCCAGUUGUGGGUGACUGAUAGUGUGGAGGGAUACGAGGAUGUCAGGUGGAACAGCAGCAGUACCAGCCACCCCCCCUGGCUGCGCUUUCACCUGAGUAUCUCCCGCUGGCAGCUCUACCCCCAUCAUGAACCCAACAUGAAGAAUCUGACCGAACAGCUAGCCACACACCGCAUCGUCAGUGCAGUGCAGAAGUCUGGGGGGACGCAAUUGAAGCUGGUGAUGUCAUUUCCCAACUAUGGACUAGCCAUGUUCAAACCCAUGAAGCAGGAGAGAGAUGAAGAAACCAAUUAUAACCUCUAUUACUUCUCAGACUUUGAGAGACACAAUGCAGAAAUUGCAGCUUUUCACCUGGACAGGAUUUUAGGUUACAGGAGAAUUCCUCCUGUAGUUGGGAGGCAGGUGGAUGUGGUCAAGGAGAUCAAAGACGUCACUAUCGACCGAAAGCUGGCCCGCACCUUUUUUACCUCCCCUGUGGGAAAUGUCUGUUUCUACGGCCAGUGCUCGUACUACUGUUCAACAGAGCAUGCAGUGUGUGGCCGUCCCAGGGCCCUGGAGGCCUCCUUGGCUGUCAUGCUGCCUGAUCUAUCCCUGGCGACUCGGAGGUCAUGGAGAUCCCCCUGGAGACGCUCCUACAGCCGCAGCAAGCUGGCAAAAUGGGAGACAGAACCAGACUACUGUUCGACAAUAAAAAAGACCCCACCAUACGACAAAGGCACAAGACUGGUGGACUUCAUGGAUUUGGUCAUACUGGACUUCCUGAUGAGUAACAUGGAUAGGCACCACUAUGAAACUUUUGAAAAGUUUGGCAACGAUACUUUCCUGCUACACCUUGACAACGGGAGGGCAUUCGGGCGCCACUCCAAAGAUGAGCCAUCUAUCUUGGCUCCAUUAAAACAGUGUUGCAGAAUCCGUCGAUCCACAUUGCUACGCCUGCGUCUGCUGUCGCUGCCUCAGUAUCGUCUCAGCGAUGUCAUGAGGGCCUCGCUAUCCCAUGAUCCUCUGCACAGUGUGGCCCCUCUGCUCUCGGAGCCCCACCUUGCUGCUCUCAAUCGGCGUUUGAAAACUGUGCUCGAGACUAUAAGUCAUUGUCAAAAGGGACAGAGUAAGGAUGAGGUAAUCUACGAUGACACUGCUUACUUGAAAGACAUGGUCAGUCCUGCUUAG